UUCGGUCGGUCGUGCACAAGAAAUCUGGCGUUCUGUGGUUCUGUGGUUCGCUGCACGUUUCGAAAGUCGCUUCGUUCGCGCGCGCUCUCGCUUCGUUCUGCCAGCGUGGCACUAACAACGCACUUACGCGGUCGGAUCGUGGAACAGUACGAUCAAGGUUCGAAUUUUAAAGUUUGCAUUUUUUUUAAAUAUACGCACGCACGCACGCAGGCUUCCACCAUCAGCAGGCUACAGGGCGUCAGCAAAUGGACACCGUUUAAUAAUACAGUGUGGCAAUAUGCUCACCGGGCCGGUCAACAUGUGGCAGCUGCUGCCGGAAACGUAAUCGGAAAGUCAAUGUUCAACGCCCAUCCUCAUGCCCACAUGCACCCUGCGUUUGCAGGGACGCUACUGAAGCUGGAGGGAUAGUGACUGCAUCUUCGGUUCGUUUUGUUGUGAUGCAGCUUUGCAGCAUCAAGCGCUUUGCCAAGGAUAACUCGCUCGAGUGCAUCGAAUGGUUUGUGGUUUAGUGUUGGCGUGAAGGAAAGUGAAAAUUGAAUGUGAUUAUGUGAAAGCAAUUUUAUGAAUUUAGCCGAGUGUUGAAAGUUAGUUGAAACGGGCAAGGUUUGGCUAUCAUCCCGUGCAGUGCGUAUGAGUGUGCGAUAUGAUGCGCGAAGCGUUGGUAUGGCGUGUUUUAAAGUAAUUAUUUUACCACUUUUUAUACAGCUCCCGCGGGCAUGUACAGCUUUCAAACAUUUUAAAUAAAAGCCAAAUUAAUAGCAGCUUUAUCCAAGACAAGGGCGCAGUUUGUGCGGUGUUUUGUUGGUGUAAAUAAUGCCACAGUUGUUGCAGUGAAAAUUGUACACCGUUGCGUCCACGUGUGCGUGUUGCGAUUUCGAGUGUUUCGUUAUUCGGUGUUCCGUUGCAAAGUGUCCCAAGUAAAACACAAUAUCCCGCGUGUCCGCGAUGCGUGCGUGCAAAUGUGCGUGAGUGGUGGAAAAUUGCGACAAAUCGUUUCGUAGUGUGCGGUGGGGCGCGAUAGGCUUAGUUCGUUUUUCGGGUCGCGAAAGUUUCCGUUUAUUUCCGGUACACUCGCGUCGGUAUGUGAAGUUUUGGAGGAUUUCGUAAAGCUAUUAUACCGCUCGCAUUACUGUACGUCGGCAAAGGAAGUGACAAAACCAGUGUUACCGUGGGGUUUUUAAACGACUCUUGGCAGCAGCAUCAGCUCCCCGGUGCUUCCUGUGCUCUCCCGUAUCCGAUGGGAAUUAAUUUAAAAUUCAUGCCACCAGCAACCGGAGCCUCAAAGGACGACCUCGUGCGCCCGGUGGUGUCGUGGUGUCGUCGAGGUGUUAAUGAGCUGCGGCAGGGUGCGUUCCCUGCGCCACACCGGGAAACACACGCACAAACAGCAACCGUUUUAGGCACAUCCGCGGAACUGGAAUGUAGCAUGUAGACGGCAGAUCGCAUCAAUAUAACCAAACCCCAACACAACACAAAAGUCUGAGCAAAAGCUAGUGACGUAACCGAAACAUAUCAAUUGCUGUGAAGCAACGCAUCUUGCAUCAAAUCAUAUCAUUACGUAGCAACAUAUCGUGAUCCGCGUGUCGGGAGUGUAAGGUUUAAGUGGUUCCGUGUAAAGGCUAUUGCAUCCGUGUGUUAGCAUCGACGGAAACAAGUGAGUCGUCCCGAUACCUUCCCCUACGCAGUCGAAUACGACGGCACCAUUGCCGGAAACAGUCAGCCAACGGAAGAGAGCCCCUUUUUGAGAGUGAUGUUAAAACAAAGGUAAACUUCACGGUGCCCACCGACGCAAAGUGUAUCCGCAAGGGGCACUGUGUCAGACCGAAGCAGCCCCUUCAAAGAUCAAUGCGCUGAGGGCGCUCGUGAAUGACGGCUGAAGUGCGACGCACUUGUACGGCGGAGUGGUACAGGUUUUGAAGUCCACAUUGUGAUUGUUUUGUAGUGAGUGUUUCGAGUGUUUCAUAUGUGUGUAUGUGUUUUUGUGUGUGUGAGGCCGGAAGCUUUUUGUAAAGCUGCAGCUAUUUGAAGAGCGGUGCCAAGUGAGGAUAGCCAACUUCAAGGUGAAUGUAGCCCGUCGAGUGCGAUACUUUUGAUUUUGCUGCUCAAUCGAUCAUCCUUUGCGGAAAUUGGCUCUGUAACGCUGAUCUGCUAGGUGGCGAAGCACUGCAAGCCCCGAGGAAGGCGACCGCGAACCUCAAAUAAGAAAGGACGCAAAAAGGGGGUUUCCAGUGCGAGUGACGGCUGCAGUGGAGACGGGGCGGGAGAAAUUAAUUUCACAUUCAGUCGGCCCCUCUCUCAUUUACGCUUCACCGACACGGCCGACAGCCAGACGGUUACUGCAGACGAAGAUAUUGUGGCUCUAUACGCGCUAUAUAAACACGGACGGAGGACGAUAAACAGAUACAAAAAAACAACAACAAAAACACUCCAUCUCCAAGGAUAACGCCUUUCACGACGCCGGCACACGAGCACGGCGCACAAACAGUAACGAAAACAUAUCAUCAUGUUAGUGACACUGCUGAGAAUUUUCCUCAUCGUUUCCAUUCUCGGAUCGAAUAUUAAGACUGCAAUAGCUAUUUUAAAUUGUAUAUUAGCACGACAGCUGUGCUUCGAGGACCCAUCAUGCUCAGCAAUUCUCGAGAUUAUACCGCGCGUCUGUGGCCCAGUACCGGUUGCCUGCAGCACCGUUACCGUAACGAAAUGUCAGGCCGCCCUCCGGACGCUGCAGGCGUUUCCCUUUUUCCGGCCCACCUGCCUGUGCAAGGAGCCGGGCAUCGAUCCGGACUGUAAUUAUUUUCGGGACUUCCUGUUCGAUCAUCCCUGCGGUUUCGUCUCGAAGAAAGAAAAAGAUCCUUACCCGGUGGAUGCAUUACCGACGUGCAAUCAUGCACUAUCCGUGUGUCAGCAGGAGCGAAAGUGUAUAAAAUUGUUCGAAGAUUUUAAGCUUCACUGUAAAGUGCGGGAAAACAAGUGCCGCAUGGAAGAUAGGGAUUUGUGCUACGAGGCGUGGACUAAUCUGCGAUUAUCGCCGAUGUUCGGCUGCAUCUGCCCGAAUAAUCACAUGAAGCGCAGAUGUGAUAAAAUAUUUAGCGUUGUUAACCAUAAUCCUUGCGUCGAUGUGCUUCCCUCCGCACUAGACAUAUCUUCCGGCACUGCCACCAACUCCAUCUAUCCGAACUUCUUUCCCUCCGAUAUCAUUGAAGAUCCGCCACCCACCAGCACGUAUCCGUACUUUCUGUUUCCCUCCAAGAAGUAUCCACCGUCGGCAUUUGGAUCCGCCAUUUACCACGCCACCGUCGACUACAUUAACCUUCCCGAUGGGCCGGGCACGGGCACGACCAACGGCUCCAGCCCGGACACAGAUCAAUCCUUCUCCUCCUCCUCCUCCUCUUCCUCCUCCCCUGGCCACCCACGGCAGCACUCGGGAACCGAGCACAGCUAUCGCACUAGAUACGAGCACAAUUUUGACACCAGCAUGCACCACACCAAGCACCAAAGUCCCACUCACAGUAGCGGUAAUAAUGCACCGAUCGCACCGCCCUGGCCCGAUCAGCACCAGCACCAGCAGCAGCCACAUCAGCACCCGUACUGGCACGGUGGCGAGAACGGUACCGCCGACACUGCCGGUCACGUUGGUACGGGACGAUGGGACAGCAUGUCGGUCCCAUCUGACCUCCAGCAGCAGCCGGAGACUGUCGGAUCGGACGACAUAGAGGAAAAGGAGGCGGAAAUGAGUUUUAUUCACUUCCAAAGUACCUGCCAUCUGGCGCUCGACUCGUGUCGCGACGAUCAGGUCUGCUCGUCCGCCCUGAAGACAGUGCUGAUGCACUGCGAUCAGCAUCGGUGCAAUCGGAAUGCCUGCAUGGAGUCGCUGCAAAGCUUCUACAAAAGCAUCCACGACGAUCUCAGCCUAGACAUUGCCUUCUGCCUGUGCAGAAAAACGCCCAACCGGCACGACAGCUGCAUGAUCGCGCAGGAAAAGCUGCAUCCCGUGUGCGCCCAGCGACCGCCGGAAAGCCUCAGCCAGCAGCAGUCUUCAUCGACCGGUAACGGCAUCGCGUACAAUGCGCCGCCAGCGUGCCACGCGGUCGCGGAGCUAUGCCGCGAGGAUGAAGACUGCCGCGCCCGGCUGGAGGUGUUCGAGCAGUCCUGUGCGGUGGACAGUGUGACCAAGAAGUGUGCCGGAAAGACAAGCGCUUGCAGGCAGGCUAUGCUUGGCAUUCUGGGCACACCGCUCAGGACGACCUGCGCCUGCCAGGGCUCGGACAUGCAGCAGCUGUACGACUGUCUAGGCUGGCAGCGGCUGCUCUGGCUCAACCCCUGUGUCGUCGAGUCGCAGAAAGAUUUUCACCUGAAGCGGCUGGCCGAGCUUGGGCUGCUGACAACUACGACGACAAUGGCAACUACCACCACAACCAUGACUACAACUACCACCAUGCGAAGCACCCGUAUCACCCAUCCACCAACGCUUCCUCCAACCAAACCAAAGCCAGUGUAUCGACCAAAGCCUACGGAAAUGCACACGAUCGAGACGAACUACGUCGAAACACCUGACACGCGUCCGGAAACGUUGGUACAUAACCAAAAUGGGCUAAUCGAGCGAACGGAUCUCGAUCGGGGCCAUCCACCGCCGCAGCCGGACGAGUACGAUCGAUCAACAGGCACACGGCACCAGCCGGUCGAUAGCGACAGUGAGGAUGAUGAUAUGGUGGGACGCUACGACAAGGGCAUCUAUCAGCGGCCCGACGAACAGGUGCUUCACGUGGCCAGUACGGAGGUGCAGGAGCUGGAAACAUUUCCACCCACCACCGUUACAACAACCACAACCGAACCGACAACAACGCCGGUUCCAAUCAGAUACUGCGUGGUGCAAAGAUCUCACCAGCCCGAUCAACUGAUCGCGGAAGGGAAAAGUCGUCGGCUCUACAUUCUCGAUGAUGCCGAAUGUAGCGAGCUUUGUACGUGCGGCGGCGGUGACUCGCUCGCCCUAACCUGUCAUGCGCUGUGCGUUCCACUAGCUCCCUGCCGGACGGCCCUGGCGUACUACAGCCAUGCCGCUCCGGCAUACCAAGCGUUCCGUGGCCGAUGCCUCUGCUAUUCUGGACGGUUCAUCUGCAUGAGGCCACCUCCGGGAGAGUACCAGCUUCCGGGUGGCAUCUUUCUUUUACUAGGUUAUAGUUCAACCGACGAAGCACUGUUAAGACCGCACACUAACUUAGGAGUACAGGACGCCGUACGUGCCCUACAGCAAUACGUCCUGCAGCAUAUCGAUAAUUCGACCCACUGUACAUUAACACUGUUCAACAUCACCGAAGAGAACAUCAUUCUUUCGAUCAGGCUACCGCUCGAUCCCAAGCUCACACCGAUGCAGUUGUUAAAGAUGGAGAAGGACCAGUGCACCAGGAUACUGGAAACGAUCAGCCACCAGAUCAACACACAGUACGUCGAGCUGUCCGCCCAUCGUUUGCUCAGCAUCUUCAAGAUGGCGGAGGUACAGAUCGUAUGGCCCGAGGUCAGUUACGCCCGGCGAAAUACCACACCCCCGCCGGUGGUUAGCUUGAUCGCGGCCCUAGUGACGGUGCUGCUUACCGUCUGCGGCACGCUACUCCCACCCUUGGUCCGGUGGAACCAGCGGAACCAUCAACGAAGGAUAGCAGCAUCCCCAUCAGUUACGUGACGAUCGACAAUACCGACCUAAAGUGGGAAGGAAGGAAGCGUAGGGCACACGCACAAAGCCUCUCAUCCCUUUGUCCACUGUCCUCAUAUUGACGGUGUGAAAAGCAAUGGGGUCCGAGUACGACAACCGUGCGACAAGUACGCGAAAAGCUAGUAGGACUGUGUUAGUUGUAAUAUAGUAGGAUACUUUCGCCCCAUGACGGUUAUUUAGUGUACGAUUUUAAGUUACAGCACCCAUCCGAUCGGAUGAUGCGUGAUUGAACGGACAUCGUUUUACUCAACCUCAUUAUCAAUGCCAUUCAACACACACCCACACACCCUCACCAACACACGCUCCCGAAGGUGCUAAUACUCAUGCUUUCACUAUGGCUUCGAUUACUAUUACCACUAUUACUACUACCACUAAUACUAUACUGCUACUACUGUUAACAAACUACACAUACUCUUAUCACCCUCAUCCCACGUUGCUAUCUCGUUUUUAUGGUUAUCAUUAUCUUCUAGAAGAAAUAAAAAGAAACCCCCAAAGAAGUACUACCUACUACUUCGCUCUACCACACACCAGUGUCACCAUACUGACACCGACUGACGUGAUCGUGCUAUUGUUGUAGAUGAUUCCUUGCUCAGUUCUUUCGUACCGACCGAGUUCUACUGUGCAAAGUGCGAAAUCAAGAUGGCGUGAGAUUGAAACAUUUCAAUCUUCUUGUCAUACAAACUCGGGUUAGUGUGUGUGUGUAUGUGUGAGAGUGUGAGCAUGAAAAAAAUAAGUAACCAGCCCAGUAGCUGGUGCGAUCGAGAGUGAUCCGUUGUGUGCAUUGGUACGUUGUUUGGUGAGCGUGAACGGGUGCACUACUAUCGGGUGGCUGAAUGGACGAGCUUAAAGUGCUUUAAUUUUAGUUGGAAAAUUCCUUUCACCAGUGAAACUGAAGCACAAACUAGCACUGGAUGCCGAUUAGUACAUGUCGAUCGUCGUUAGCUCAUGUGUGUUUGUAAGUGUGUGUGUGUGUGCUUGUAUAUUUGUGCUUUAUGGAAGAAAUAUAAGUUGUGUGGGAAGACCCAGUGAUUUGAAGGUAGGAAAUGAUCGGUUUUAUGUUGGAGUUUUAUUUAUUCUUCUUCUUUUUCUUUGGUACAACAACCCCUAUCGGUCAAGGCCUGCCUGUACCCACUAGUGAAGUGGGCUUGGCUUUCAGUGACUUAUUGUUACCAUAGCAGGAUAGUCAGUCAUACGUAUGAGGGCACGAUCUAUUUGGGACUUUAACCCAUAACGGACAUGUUGUUACGUCGUACAAGUUGACGACUGUACCACCAGACCGGCCCAAAGCAUUAUUAAAUCAUGCAAAAUAAAGAAAUACUUCCAAAUUUUUCAAAUCACGAUGAUUCAAACUACGAUUCGUAUGCUUUGUUGAAAGGAUAUGUGUGGAUAUUUUUUAAAAUAUAUUUUAAGCAUUUUUUCAUUUAUGAAACACUUCUUGUUUCAUCAUUCUAUAAUAUACAAUCAUCGAACUGUCAACCAUUUUUGUACAAUUUGAUUAAAACGGAAGCCUUUAUUCGAUUAACGUACCCUACAAAUACUUUAUAGCACUUUGAUUUCACCCAAACGCAUCGUAAUCCAACUAAAGGUAAAAUGAUUUUCACGAAUUCUUUUACGGUUUUAUUCGAAGUUGCAUAUUCUGGUACUUUAAUACUUGUGGCACUUUUUUCCAUCUUUGCAUUGCCAUUGCUUUUGAAAAUUACUCUUUGCAAAAUACAUUUCAACCUCAGCAUUAAAUCUGGCACCGUCGUCCGGUGCAUUCUCGACAAACAAAUCUAUCCCUCAACCCCGAUGCACAAACCUGCCCAAAACUAAGCGGGCAUAGAAUUGUCCUGUGCUACAGGGCGAACACGCGAAACCGGCAGCACCCAAAACCGGCAAGCAAAUCGCUCUGCAUUCAUCGAAUCAUUUACCCGUGAGACCUCCCUGCAUCCAAACUCACGCCACCGGAAUGAGCGAUAGUGUAGCAAUGGCAAGCACAUUGCGCUCAGUCCAAUAGCAAGCGCGCAAGCGAGCGUGUCGGGCUCGGUGGGAUUCAUCAGUGGCGCUACGCCAUUUAUUGUCAUCCUGUUUCAGCAGGGAAAGGCUUUUUUUUUCGAUCCAACUCAGCCCUGCCUAAACCAUUGCCUCGAAAGUUGCGUUUUAUUUCAGAACAACGGAGUAGCAAAAAAAAGGAAUUCAUCAGUCGGAAAUGUGGGCCAACACACAGAGGGUGUACGAGGCGGGAUGGCGAAAUGGUCCAUAUCAUCGCCACGCUUCUAUGGUUCAGUCUGCGUCUGUCUAAUGUAAAGAUGAAAAGAAGCGCACGGUACAAACUAAAACAACAGCCCAUCCUCCCAAAGACCACACUAUCAGUGCCAGGGUGUACAAUGUGUGUGUGUGUUUGUGUGUGCUUCUGUGGUUGCAAGCACGGUCAGAAAUAGCGUAGGGGAAUUACAAAAAAAGAAACAAGAACAGCUUUGCUUCGAUCCUAUCAAGCUCUCUAACCUUUUACCACUGGCCGGAGUAAACAGUGGCCACUCCGCAGCACACGCUGUGAACGGGGCAGAAAAUAAAUCACCGAAACUCACCGAAAAGAAUCGAUAAUUUGAGAAUUGGACAUCCGUUGAUAAUGGCCAUUAUUCAUACGCGGCUGCUGGAGCGGUUCGGCACACCCAACCGUUGUUGGGAAUGUAACAACGCGCACCAACGCGAAUGUGUUUGAGAAAGGAUUUUCGAUGGAGGCGUACCAACGCUAGCUUGUGCGAGUGUGGUUCUGUUCUAGCCUACUCUACCCCUUUGUGGAGCUCAUAGGACCAUGCACCGUGAGCUAGGUUUGCCACAUUUAAAAAACUGAUCCAACAAAAAAUGUGUAAACUUGCAGAGCAGAGUGUUCUGGAAAGCUCGUCGGUUCCAUCCAACCGAUGAAUAUGGAGCAUUUGGUUCGAUUUGCACUUCGACACCGUGCUUAGUCUGCCACUUCCAGUGCUCGACCAACCAUGAUCUUUACACGAGAGGGAUCGAAAAAAAAAUCGACAAACACUCACACACAUGCUGUGCUCGUGCUUCAAAAACGGAUUUUAUAGUCCCUUGUUCGACACGCUGUCUGGGCGGCUUGGUGGGUGAUUGGAUUGGAUGCUUUCUCCGCUCCAGUCCCGUACCGACACCGAAUUGGAUUCGAGUGGGGUAUCACUGUUACACGUCUGUGUAAGGUACCGAUCUCCCGGGAAAGCUUGUUGAAUGUGUGUGAAUGUGUGUACAGUGACAGCAGCGGUAGUAUUAUAGCAAGCGAUGCUCUGACAUUUAACUUGCGUGCUUUGUUGUUCUUAGCUCGACCCUUGCUGUGGUCCGGGUUUUAAAGACACGGUAACAAGAUCAACACCGUUCGUCGAUGACCUUUUUUCUUACUCUCUGUCGAAGAUUUGGGUUCACAGAGGACGAGUUGAACUGUAACGUAUGCUGCGAACGCAACCAGCAAAUGGUACGGUGGCAUUUUUGACAUCGUUUUCGGCCCACGUGAAUUUUUAACGAUCCCCUGUAGGGUCAUUAAUAAUGCAGAGCGUAAGAUUGUUACUGUGUUUUGUUUAGUAUACACUGUUUUUCUUUAGUUUGCUUUAAGCGAGAAUUAAUUCAUAUGAUAGGCUUACGCAGAAGGCGUCGUCCACUGUAUGCACCUCACUGAAAUCUGCCCAUUUGUCCUCUAACGAUCUGAUUUCGUCUUUUUUCUCAGAUUUUUAUAUGUUCGCUUUAAUUUCACAUUCUUUUUUUUUCAUAAUGUUUGUUUUUUUUUUCUACGAUGUACUUACAGAACCAAGAUACCUUCCUUCAUAUUGCUUGUUAUCUUUUAGCUUAUAGUAAAGCGAGGUUAUUUAUCGAAAAAAAAAACAAAAAUGCUGAAAAGAAUGAACCAAAUGCAAUGUUUACACAUAUCGUUAGCAAAAGCCAGAAGGAUUGAUAGAAUCCAGCAGAAAUAUGUAUAGCAUAAGGUGUACACAUUAGCUCCCGUUUUGUAGCAGUAGUGACAAAAAACAAGGCCAUGUCCAACCAGUGUUUCGUAGGUAGCGGAUAAGGUAGAGCAACAGGCGACUGGCCAUUUCAUUUUCCACCGGUGCGCUCUAGUUUGCUUUUGUCGAUCCUUUGUGUACGGAAGUUUAAUCCUUACUUUCUCUGCGACACUACAACAAAACGCUUAUCAGGACCCAUUCAUGUGCUUUGACUGCGAGUGUGUGUGUGUGUGAGGAAAGAGUAUGAAAGCGAACAAAUGUGUGUGGAAAAGUGUGCUCGAAUGCGUGCGAGGAAGUUAGUGGUUGCGUGUGUUGGGGUAGGUACGGGCAACAUAAUUUAGCUGGUAUAAUAAUAAUAAUAGCGAACGACCGUGAAGCGCGUUGGUAUGAAAUUGAGAAAUUAAAACUAUUCAACUCUUGCACUAAUGAUAUCGGCAGUGCGUGAAAUGAAACAAAUGUAUGAUCUUACAGUCGUAUGUUUGUAAAAAUGUCUUCCUUAACAAAACAGAAUAACAAUUCGAACACACAAACACUCAGUAACACUCUGAACACGAGCAUACACACACAUAUUCGAAUCUGGUACACACUGCAACAUCGUAUACACUGCGAAGAAAUCAAAAUACUCUCACACUCACUCACACACAAAACACACAACGGUUAUUUUGAGAAAACUGCACUCAAAAAGUAAAUUUAGAAAAUCCACUUUCAAACACUACUCAUCACAUUGAAACAUACUCAUACACAACACAAAAAGCGAAACACUAGAACAAUAUGAAUUGACUAAUUAAGAAAGUAUAAGAUUAAUAAAACCAAUGUUUGCCGCUUUACUGUAAAAUGCAACUUUGUAAAACAAUGUGACGUUACACUAUAGAAAAAAAAAACAAAUGUUUAAAAAUAAACAUGUGCGAUGGUAGGUGCAAAACAUGGCCACGUGGUGUGGCCGGUGUGAGGAACGUGCACUAGAUUACAGCAGGGAUCUUAGGGUCCCUCCAAUCGAAGAGCACCUUCAGCUGUAACGAAGGAUUGCACAGUAGAGAUAAAUAGUAUCUGUAUCAGUACUCGAAGAAGCUGUGAGCUAUCUGUCUGUUAGGCAAGUGGAACCCUGAAAGCGGAAUAUCCAAACUAGUGAAGUAAACCAAAAAACAUUAACAAAACCUAGAACAUACGCAGCGAGAGAGUGUAGCGAGAUGGCAAAAACAUACAAACAAACAAACAAACAAACAAAUGUUUCUGAACAAUAUCACUUACCCUAGGUGACGAUGUUAGCAAUAAAAGACACACAAAAACAAACAAACAGUCAUGCCGCGGUAUCAAUGCGCUAAACUAAAACAACCCAAAAUGUAGUACCAUCCAAACAACGGAAGCGGAGGAAAAGGCCUCCGAGGUUUGCGGUGCGGGAAGCUCUGAGAGCCGUUCGCCACGCUCUCGGCAGCAAGCGAGCGUCGCGCGAAUGUACGAAGGUAACUGGUAUGUGCAUGUUCUUUUGACAUUUUAGACACUUUGGAAGCUUGCGUUUUGAGUGAACAUUUUAGGUUUAAGAGCCGUUGGUUAUGAUUCCUGAACGAUCCGGUUAUGAACGCAUGGCUGAAGAUUCGAGCCGCGUUAGCGUAAAGGAAAACAACUGAAAACGAUGGGUGUUUUGUUUGAAUGUAAGAAUACGCAAAGAGAAUAAUAAUGCAUACCACUAAGCAAAACAAACUCACAUAUCAUACAGCUCAUUUACACAUACAAAACAUUCGCAAGUUUUCAGAACAUAAGUCGUAAAAGACAAGCCCCAACAAAUCACCCACACAAAAAUACCACGUUCAUACCUUCACAAAUAAAACAACUAGAAACGGAGCACUGUAAUCGAAUAUGACACACCAAUCAUCCUUACCAGUCGUUGAACCACACAUACACACACACACAUAUCAUACGCAAAUACACUGAGCCAGUUGCACUGAGGAUUCAUAAAAGCAAAUCUAGAAAACAUUGUUUAUCACAAGAACAGUUUUUAUCAAAAGAAGCAGCUCCCUUCCCAAUGGCAGUGCUUUAUUUGUUACGGACCGGUUAUUGUUGUGGGGUGAAUGGUUGUUGCUGUUUUCAGUCCUAUUUUUAUCAUGCACGCUUUAUGGGCGCUUGUUUAGGUUAAAUUUUAGCAAAUUUUAAAUAGAAAAUCCGUCACAUUCUAGACCAAUGCUCAUUCACAGGAUAGGAAAGACGUGCAAGGCCUGAGAAAAACCAAAUAAGAAAAGCAAAAACUGUUUUGAAUGACAAUUGUUUAUGUACGUCGAAUGAAUACAGUAAUCUUUUAACGACUUUACGAGACCCGCCCAGCCAAUUUGCCGAGAGAAUCGAAAACUGAAAAAGUUGAACAAAUACACGAAUAUCAGUGCAACAUGUUGUGCUUCUUCGCGAACGGAUCGAAAGUACGAAUAGUGGCACCAAACCAAUGAUCACUCCUUUACCACUAGGAAAGAACAGUAACAAUACAAUACUGUUUUACAAGGUUUCCUGCAACUUUAUCAGCAUCAACGCCCUCCUGUUUCCUUUUCAUAAGAAAAACACGUUUUUAUGUUCGUAUUGUUAAAAUCAUCCGUGGGUUAUAAUAGGUUCAAAGGAUUGACACAAAUUUAAGAGCAAUGUCCAGCAUAAUGGCAAACAAAAACAUUACUGAUCCGAAAUGAAAAUGUUAGAAGCAAAGCGUGUAAAGAUAGUAAUUGAAAAGAAAAUGAAAGAAUCCCCUAACUAACCAAUAUUUCACCAAACAUCAGUUCAUAGGCUCGAGAUAUGGCGUGCGAGGCAACGAAAAAGAUUGGGGAAAACGGAUACUUAAAAAAAGCUAACAAAAAAAAAACUAGUCCAAUGUAAGCUCCCUGUAAGGACUGGAAAGCGUGGUGUGUGGAGAAUAAAACAAUCUAAAGACAAAACUGUA